AUGGAUGACAUACCUUUCAUAGCUCAAGAAACCAGCUUGCUUCUUCUUCAACAAUGGUUCACAAAGAACAUCACAACGACAUUCUUCAAGUGCACCAGAUGGCAACUGGAGGAAACCAUGGAUCUCCUCAACUGCCCCUUUCAUUACUUCUGCGACAGCACCUAUGCCGGAAACCUCCCUCCAUUCAUCGACCUCUCGGCACUCACCUUCGUUGCCCUCUCCUUUCUCUCAGCUGCAGCUUUCACAGCAUUAGAAUUCAGAACCGGUGGAGAAAUCUUUGGGAGGAGAAGAUUGAAGAGAAGGUAUUUCUUGCCUUCAGGUCCCAUAGUGCUGCCAUUGAUGCUCUUAGUACUGGCCAAUGGACAGAGAAUCAACACUUUGUUUCCACUCUCACAAAUGGGGCCUUCAAUCCUCCUCCUCAUUCACGUUUCAGCUCUUGCAUUCGAGAACAGAAGUGAUCAGAGAAGCAUAAGAUAUGCAGUGUUAGAAGCUUCGACUGUUUCCGGUAUUCUGCAUGCGAGUCUGUAUUUGGAUUCAGUUAUUCUGCCUUACUACACAGGACUGGAUGCUAUAACCAAGUCCAUCUUCUCCAGCGAGUGUCCGUCAUGCGUGUGCCGGAAAGAGGAACUGGUGGUCGGAGGAAGGCUGGUGAGUUACAGGGGUUGUUCGAAGACGACGCUGGUCAUCAUUAUUGCAUUGUGUUCAAGAAUGUUGUGCAGGAUAUGUGGGGAAGAGAGACUAAGUUGGGUGAUUAAGGUGCUGCUGGAAGUAAUGAGUUGGGUUUCAGUGGCGACUGAUGCGGUUUAUCUUAUGAUUUUUGUUCCGCAUGAUAAUGGAGUUCAGAAGGUGAUGGGAUAUGGAGGGAUUUGUGCUUUGAUUAUUUGCAAUGUGUUGAGGAAGAUUUAUGGACUGUAUGGUUGGUAUUGUGAAAGGAAUGAUUGUCUGGAUGAGAAGAACAAUGCAUGUUUAAGGUGUGUUUAAGAAACUGUGUAAAUUAUGGUAUGUCUGUAAAUUAAAAUUUGAGGAGAAAUGAUCUGUAAAUUUUUGACAACAUUGUUCUGUAAUAUUUAUGUCAAUAAAAGAUGUAAUUUUGGCCUAUUUUUUGAGCUAUUUUUUAUGUGAUAUGAUAUUUGGGCUCAUAGGUCGAAGAUGCUUUGAAUUGAGAUGUAUGGGAAGGGAUAUAUUUUGAUCAAUGGUUCAUGUCAUGGG